CGACAGCCAUGGAUGCCGAGACGCUGCCUUACGCGCUGGACCUCGUGGCUAGCAGCGGCAUAUGCCUGAGCCCGGAGAAGCGAGCAGCCUUACGGACCUCGCUCCUGCUGGUGCGCCGGGAUUACCGCUUCGAGCAAGUCCGCCUGUGGGGCCGCAUCCAAGGCAUCCGUGGGGCGUACUACAUCGCCGAGGGCCUGGGGCCGGAUAGGGCUGGGGCCAGAAGCCGCCUCUACAGCUUGAACUGCGUGGAUUGGAGCCUUCUGCCCCCUCCUACUGAAGAAAUGGUUGCACUGACUGCAGCACUGAAGGGACGCUUCCAAGGGGACCCAUCCUAUGAAUGUGAAAACGCUGACAAGAAAGAGGAAGCUGAAAAGACAUAUGAAGAGGAAACUGGACCCUUGAUCAAAGAAGAGAUCCGACUUGUAGCUACAGUACAUCAAAUAGAUAAAGCGGUGGGUAUCGUUCCACGGGGUGCAUAUGUAAAAUCGCCAGUCGGACCUGUGCAUGAAAACAGGAACUUUGAAGGUUUGUCUCUAACAGAGGCUAAAAAGCUAAGUUCCUAUUUUCAUUUCACUGAGCCUGUAAAUUUGAAGAACAAAACUCUCCUGGAGAAAGCUGACUUGGACCCAGCCAUUGAUUUCCUGGAUUCUCUUGAACAUGAUAUUCCUAAAGGGUCCUGGAGUAUCCAAGUGGAGAGGGGAGGCAGAGUGAUAGUCUUACGAAGUCUGCUUUGGCCUGGACUCACAUUCUACCAUAUUCCUAAUACUAAGCAGCAUGGUUAUAUCUACUUUGGCAAUGGAGAGAAGAAUAUCGACCUGCCCUUCAUGCUGUGAGGAUCAUGAGUCUGAAAAUUGAGGAAAGUUAUUUACUAAUUUUGUACUUGAAACAGCGUGUAUGCUUCAAUAAAUCAAAGU